UUCAAAUCCGCCAAUCAAUUCUUUCAAUGGAUCUUUAUUGCCCUUCUGAAGCGGCAAUUUUGUUGGCAUCAUAUGCAGUACAAGCAAUGUAUGGUGAUUACCAAAACGAUGAAAAUAUUGAGUUGGACUUGACCAAAUUAAUUCCUCCUUCAGUUAUUCAACAAUAUGAUAUGAGUGCGGAUAUGUGGCACGAGAAAAUUGGCAAUUGGUGGGCUAACAACAGCGGACUUAGUCGUGAGGACGCCGAAGAGGAGUUUUUAUGUAUUGCUGAGGAAUUGGAUAUGUAUGGGACUUCAUUUUACAAAAUUCUGAAUCAACGCGGUACCGAAUUGCUGUUAGGCGUAUCUGCGCAAGGAUUGGGUUUGUUUUUGGAUCAAUUCUAG